AUGCCACAUUUCAAAAGAGCAGCAGUAUAUGAAGAGCAAAAAAGAACUGGUAAAUGGGGUCAACUUGUUGAAGAAACCAAAGAUAGAAUCCCCGAAUAUUCGAACAAAACUAUAGCAAAGAUAAGCCACUUGGACAAUGGUUGUUUGUGGCCUGAGAUAAAGGUCUCUUUUUCUCAUCAUUUGAGCAUACUUCAAUCGAUGUGUCUUCAUUUUAUUAUUUCUAUACUUUUCUCCAAAUAUAUCUUCGUUUUUCUUUUCGCUUUCCUUCUUCCUUCUGCCUUUCCUCUAUUUAUUUUGCACUCCACUCUUUUCCGUAAACCUUGCCUAUCUAUUAUUGGAUUUUUGAAAACUAAAGUAUAA